UUAUAAUGGUACCCAGGUAAUAAUGCAAUAAAAAUUAAUCGUUUGAUAUAUAUUCUAAAACAAACAAAGUAAUAAAGCAAUGUAAUUACCAUUCUGUGGAUAACAGAAAAAGCAGUUGGAGUUGCAUCUCUUUACAGGCGGAUAGUGAUUCUAAAACAUACGGAAUGAGUGGGUUUAGUGAUGAUCUUAGCGAUGCACAGGCAAAGGCACUGGCUGAAAUAAAAGGAAAUGCAUGUGAUGUUUCCUCGAACCCAGUGGUCGAUGAUGAAUACUUACUCCGGUUUCUCAGAGCUCGUGAUUUUGAUGUCGCAAAAGCAGAGAAAAUGUUACGACAGUGUUUAAAAUGGCGAGAAGAAAUCGACAUAGAAAAUCAUCAAAAUCGUCAGACACCAGAAGUACUAAAAUUACUACCGAAUAUUUCUCUUCCAAUUGGUAAGGCAAAAAACGGAUCUCCGAUAGUUUACCUUAAUUACACCGGUGCUGAUAUGAAAGGAUUGUUCCGAUGCAUUCAAACCAAAGACUUCAUGUGGUGGUUAUGUUACGAAUUGGAAAUGGCGGACGCUGUUGUGAGAUCUACUUCAAAACCCUAUAAGGGAUUGACAUUGGUUUGCGAUUACAACAGGAUAUCGAUGGACGUGCUGUCUAAACAAAAUCUUGAUUUCGAAAAACAGUUUAAUCCAAUCAUGGAAAAAAACUUCCCGGAGAUUGUGAACAAAGUGCUAAUUUUAAAUGGAUCGACAGUACUGCAUAUAUUCCUAAAGCUCGUCAAGUACUUAAUUCCGAAAGAGACAUUGUCAAAACUUGAAUUUUUGAAAGAUCCAAAGGAUUUAAAGAAGUUCAUAGAUGAUGACCAACUUAUAGGUCAUUAUGGGGGAACUUUGGUUGAUGAAGAUGGCGACCCAAAGUUUAGCAGUAAGAUCAUCUACCCAACAAAGAUUCCUGAAUCGUUUUACAUAGCGCCAAACUUUGCCGAUUAUGAGCUAAACUCCGAUUACACCAAAGUUGAAAUCGGAAGGGGCAAAGAAAUUAGUGUUGCAGUCGAGGUCGCCACAAUAGGAUUCUCAAUCAUAUGGUUCGUUCUAAGUAAAGAUGGAGAGCUCGAAAUCGGGAUAAAUUUUAAGGCUGAAUCCGGUGAUGUUGAACCCGUGGAGCCAAUGAGCAAGGUAAACUGCGACGUAUGCCCAGAGUCUGGAAGCAAAAUAUGUAGCAAAGUUGGCACAUAUACUGUGGUGAUAAGAAACAACGCAGUAUUGAAAAGCAAGAAAGUGGCUUAUAAUGUUGAAGUCUUAAAGGAGGAUGAUAGUGAACCAAUACUCACAAAGUUGUAAAUAUAUAAAUACAUUGAGUAGACUAUUGACAAUGUAAGGUGAUAAGAAACAACGCAGUAUUGAAAAGCAAGAAAGUGGCUUAUAAUGUUGAAGUCUUAAAGGAGGAUGAUAGUGAACCACUACUCACAAAGUUAUA